UCAGCGCUUGUUUACAUUCUUCGGAGGAGUCUGGCUAACUAGCGAUCAAAACGCUAGCAGCUUCUCCAAAACAAUGGGUGACAGUUGAUCAGAUUUUUGUAUUUAUAAAAAUUUUCAGCUGUAAUUUCUCUCUGUUGUUCGGGCCAUGGCUUCAGCUCGCAGCUGGGGCUGUUUCUGGGUAACGUUACCGCUGCUGCUGCGGUGGCCGGGGCUGCUGGUCGCCGGGGAGGAGGUCGCUCUGGUGGAGGUUUUCCUGGAGCAGCGGCCCGGUGUCAGCGCUCUGCUCCAGGGGGAGGUGGUGGAGUCCAGCAGGGUCAGCGGGACCUCGGAGCACCAGGACGAGGACCGAGAAGAGCUGGAGGGAGAGCUGGUCCUGGUUCAGGAUGAGGAGACACAGGUGAGCGGAGGAAAAGGCGAGGACAACACCAAAGAGCAGGAGCUGUGGAUCGGGGUAGUGCCUGUGGAGAUGGACGACAGCAAAGCCUCCACCGGAAAUCAAGAGUCCUUUGCUGAUGCAAUGGUCAAUAAAAUGAAGCGAGCUUUGGUCCUUGGAGCGUCAGCGCUGAUCAUUCUGGCUCUCAACCAAAACACCGUCAGGGAGAUGGAUCUGUCUCAGGUGCUGUCCAAGCCCAUCAUUGUGAUCCAGACAUCUGAAAAUGUCACCAAGCUGAUCGGAGCUCUGCUCAGGGGUCUUCAAGCGACAGCAAAAAUCACAUACAAGACGAUCCUGCAGGACAACCUGGGAGCCACGCUCACGCUGUGGUCCAGCUGCGGCCGGUCGAGAGGAGGGCGCUACGGAGAGUGGCAGGGGGUCAUCUGCACGGGAGAGACAAACUCUCAGGUCCAGAAGUACCUGCAGCAGCUGUGGGACACUGUCCUCCUGGUGGCACUUAUCAUCAGCACUGGAGUCAUCGUUCAGGCUCGCUGGCAGUACCAGGACCACCAGCUGAACGACGACUUAGAGCUCCUUCCCAAACAGGACGUCCUGAAGAGAAUGUCGGCCCUGAAGAUCAAAAGGUAUCGUCAGCCCAAACCGUGGUGUGACCCGUCCCAGCCGUUAGAGACGGACAACUGUGCGGUCUGUCUGGAGCCUUUCAACAACAACCAGUGUCUGCGGGUGCUGCCGUGUCUUCAUGAGUACCACAGAGAUUGUGUCGACCCCUGGCUGCUGCUGCAGCACACCUGUCCGCUGUGCAAACGCAGCAUCCUCAGCAGCGUCUUCAAAGACAGUUAAAGGUCACCACAGCCUCUGGGAAUCAAGUCUCGUCUUUUCCUCUGUGACGCUCCAGUAGCCCUUUUUUUUGUUUGUUUGUUUUUUUUAAACUUACCUCAUGCCUCCUCCUUCCAGCAGACUGUGGGAUAAGAUAUAAGCUUCUCACAGCAGCUGGCCGGCCAUCUGGACUGUGAAGCAGUCAGAUUUGACGUCUGACAUUCGGGGUGUUUUCAGCAGGACAUAUGGUGGUAGUAUAAACACAAUACUAUGAAGUAUUGUACCAGUACUGUUGUGUGUGAACAGUACUUCUUCCUGGGAUCAUGUUACUGUACAAUUUGACUGCGACUUGGGAGGUUGUUUGUGGUCAAUGCAACUCUCCACACAAACAACAUCUGCUCUGUUUGUGCUGAGCAACAAUACAUUUGGCUUUUCAUCAGUAAACACUGAUAACCUGAGCGAGUAUUCGCGGUUCAGUUGUUUCUGCGUCGACAUUCAAUGCUUUAUGGUUUUAAGCAUGGACAUAUUGAUUGACUGACCAGUGUCAAUGUUCACUUUAGGUCCCAAUGAUGUGGAGUAACAGAGGUUAAACAUGACUGAUUUCAGCUAGUGUCUGUACUCGUACUUCACUGUUAGAUGUUAGUCCUAGAGGUUCUGUAGUUGUAGUCCAGAAGUAACUGUGCUGCAGAUGUGGAAUAAGUGUUUGCACUUGUCCUUAACAUGCCUUCUGACUAAACUGCAGAGUGAAAGAAACCCAAACCAUAAUCACACCUCCUGAUUUAUACUUGAGUUGUGUUACAGUAGCAGUACUAAUUUAGUUUGCACCAUUUUAAAACAAUGUUAAACAUGUAGGUAGGCUCAUCUCAAACAUCAUGCGAAAAACAUGGUGUGUCCUCCUCCAGUUGCACAUGUAAAUCUUAUCAUUUGCAAUUACAAUUUUGUACUUAACACAGCUGUCACUGCCUUAGAGCUAAAGCAAUAGUUCACCUACCAGCACCCCUGGUAGGCCGACUUUGUUACCUUUGGAUAGAGCCAGGCUGGCUGUUUCCACCUGCUUUCAGUCUUUGUGCUAAGCUACGCUAAUUGGCUGCUGGAUGUGUAAUUUCCACUUCAACUGUGCAGCGGUACCCUGAAUCAUCUCCAACAAAUACUACUGUGAAAGGAAAAAGUCAAAUCUAGCGUAAUUGAUUUUGGCAUUUUGUCAGCGAUGACUCAAACUCGAAGGAUGUCAGAAACAGUGUUCUUGUAUUUAUUUAGUUUUUUAAAAUGUCACCUCUGAAAAGCAAUUACACCUGCUUUUUCUUUGUUACAAAAUGCUCUGAUAGAUCUGCUCUCUUCAUAGAAAAUAGCGUGUGCACGGCAACAUGUAGGAGGUUUCCCCACAGCUAGUCUGAGAGACUCGACGGCCCUCUGUGCAGCACGUGCUUCCAAACACAUCAGCAUCAUUAUGAGAUGGUCACAGAGUUGAUUUCGGUUUUUGUCUAGAUUUUGUUUUUUAAAUGUUUUUUUUUUUAUGAAGGCUGGACAACAGUGGUGUGAACUGGGUGGAUGACAUCACAUGCAUACACUUGAACAUUAUGUGCAAGCAGCUUUCACACAAGCUACUCAUACAGGAUGAGUAGCAAGAGCAACACAGCCUGCCGCUGAUCCAGACUUGAUCAUCAGGUCAGCAAUUGUUCUUCCAGCUAAUGCCAAAACACUCGCUUCCUUUUAUUCCUAUGUUGUCCAUUUGACGAUGAUGAUGUCAAAGAUCGAUCACUCUGGAUCUUAAUAAUAAACAGAUUUGUUACUUGGCAAA